UGCCAUAACCAUUGGAUUUUACGAAUCUGGCCAAAGAAUGGCCUAGAUGGAAGCAGCAAUUCUAUAUAUACAUGAUAGCCAGCAACAAGAAUGCCGAGGUGGAGAAAAACAAAAUUGCCACGUUUUUGUGGCUCAUUGGAGAACGCGGAGUGGAAAUAUACAACACACUUUUCCCGAAUGACGGUGGUAUUGAUAGCAUGUUCGGUGUUGCCGCUGCUGCUGGAGCUGUACCUGUUGCUGGAGCUGCACCUGCUGCUGGAGCUGCACCUGUACGCACGUUGGACGAUGUAGUAACGGCAUUCGAUAAUUAUUGUCUACCGCGGAAGAACGUUGCCAUGGAGGCAUUCAAGUUCAACAUGAUUGUCCAAAAAGAGAAGCAGUCUUUUGCGGAUUUCGAAACAGCUCUUCGAACCCAGCUGGCUUAUUGUGAAUACGAAUGUCCAGCGUGCAAUGCUUCAUAUGCCGAUCGGAUGCUACGAGAUCGCAUCAUAAUUGGUGUUCAGGAUAAAAAACUCCAAUUAAAGCUACUGGAUGGAAAAGACGAGCCACUGCGAAGUGUGGUAGAAACAUGCAAGAUUUUUGAAGCAGCCUCGGAAAAUAAACAAAUACUGGAUAACAAAGCUCACCAUGAGAUGCACGUCGUCAACGAUCAACCAGCGAAUGGAAUGAAGGAGGAGAUAGCAGUUGUAAGGAGUGCGGCUUGUUUUAACUGCGGACAACACUUCAACGCCAAACAUCGUCUCCAUUGCCCAGCGAAGAAUGUGAACUGUGACGCUUGUGGACGACGUGGUCACUUCAGGAGGUUUUGCAAGGCACCGAAGAUGGAAGAUGGAAUGAACCGGAAUGUUCGUAAGUUUGAUGACAAACGUAAGCCAAAUAGGGAGUCGGUGUACAGUCUCAAUUGGCGUGAAUCAGAAUGAUUUCGAACUGUGGUAUCGAUAGGGUAUCACGCGUCAGGUGGACAAAGCGUUAUUUGAUUGGAGAUUAUCCAGUGGACUUCAAACUGGACACAGGGGCGGAUGUAAAUUGUAUUCCAUUGAUGUGUGUGAAACAAUCAAAAGUUCCCUUCGUUCGUGAUGCCUCUCUUCCCACAGUUGUAGAUUACAGUUCUAAUAAU